AGGAGGUCUCCUAUUGGUUUAAACAGGCAGUGUGGGUUUACAAUGAGGAAAGCGGAGACACGAUUACAAUGAAUAUUUGCGAAUAAAAUCAAGCUUAUCUUGUAGAGACAUGAGACUCGCUGGAUACGCGUUUUACGGCUUUGCUAUUGGGCUUUUGCUUGUGGGUUUGCGGGAUUUAUUGUUUGGUUUCGGGGAGAACCGAUGCAGCAUGACAUACAUGUUCGAGUACCCAGAAUACCGACGCGUGCAGCUUCCGAGGCGUGUCGCGCGCCAGUACCCAUCAUACGGGCUGUAUGUGUAUGGAGAGGGCGCAUAUGCUCAGGAGAGCAGAGGACUCAAGCUCACCGGCGCACCUGUGCUCUUCUUGCCUGGGAACGCGGGCAGCUACAAGCAAGCUCGUUCUCUGGGUUCAGUGGCGUUGAGGAAGGCUGAGAACCUGGACAGAAGAAUCCAUAUGAACGUGUUCACCAUUGACUUCAACGAGGAGUUAGUGGCCCUGUAUGGUGGCAGUUUGCGCAGACAGACUCAAUUUCUAUAUGAAAGCAUCAAAGCCAUCUUGCGCCUUUACAAGAUCAACUACAUCCAAACCAAUGAUCUUUUUACUACAUUCCCAUGGCUGCAGGACCGUCCAGACCCUCCCACAGGUGUGGCUCUGGUGGGUCACUCCAUGGGUGGAGUGGUGGCAAGAGCUUUGUUCACCCUGGCACGUUUCAACCCACGCCUGGUCAGCCUCAUCAUCACCCAGGCCUCCCCCCACCAGGCACCUGUCCUGUCUCUGGACCCUUAUAUACAGGAGUUUUACUCUAGAGUCAGACAUCGCUGGGCCACAAGUGCUGAAGACCUUCGAAAUGUAACCGUUCUCUCUGUGGGUGGUGGUUACCUUGACUUCCAGGUGCGCUCUGGUUUGACGGCGCUGUCCUGUCCCAUCGAUGACCUCAAUAAGAUGUCAGUAGUGGCAACUGCAGUUCCCCGAAGCUGGGUUUCCACAGAUCAUAUUUCCAUUGUUUGGUGCAAGGAGCUGGUUCUGGCCACAGUCCGGGUGUUCUUCGACCUUAUUGAACCUGAAACCGGGCAGUUCACAGAGAGUCCUGAGAAGCGGAUGUCAGUGCUGAACUAUCACUUCUUUAGACAUCCAGUGCUAAAACCUGGAGGAGCACAGGAUGACCCUGUCACUUUCUCAGCUCCUCCUGAGGCGUGGAAGGAGGUCAACACACUCCGUCUGUUCUACAGUGCCCCCAAGGAAGCUCAAGUCAAGUACUUCCUGUUUGCUCUCUCCAGUCGAAGGAAAGCGUAUAGUCAUUUCCACUGCCGCAGUAAUAAUAUGGAAAUGACCAGCUGGCUGUAUGGCUGCACACAGAUGAGUGGCUCAAUGUGUGUUCAGGCAGUAGAUCUCUCACCUCAGACAGAACUUCUUCCAGCUUAUAAGGCUGUAACAGUAAAAAUCAGUGAGCUUUUGUCUGUUUCUCAUCUCAUCAUUGAUGCCUCGAACCCCAGUGGAGCACAGUUCGUAGUGGAGUGUGAGCUGCAGAGAGAAGAGAGCUUGACUGUCUCAGUGCAGGUGCCUCAUGUGCUGUCCUUUGGUCUGACUGUCAGUGACAUCAGCAUUAACUCCUCUGGGCUGCUUCAUACACUACAGCUACAAGACUUUCAUCAGGUUUAUCAAGCUUUCAGAAUAACGAUCACGAGUCACUGCAAAGCCACUAAAGACAGACUGCCCAGUGUGUACAGACUGAGAGUACCUUGGUUUCAUGAAGACUCCUUUGACAUUGCAAGUAUUCCUUCGGUAUCUGAAAUCUACAGCAUGCUUCACUCUAGCCGCCCAGACAACGCCACCAGUGCCCUACUGCAGCUCCACACUGCUCCCAACUGCCAAUACAAGGUGUCUAUUCGGACUUCGUUUCCAAAAGUGCUUGGGCAGAUUCUGCGUUUCUGUGGUCCAGUUCUCCCUGUCUACUCGGCUGUAGUGCUUCUUCUGAUGAUCAGGACUCAGCUGAGCUCCAUCAAAAGAUCUGGACAUCCUGUUGGAAUCCAAGAGGGCAUGAGUAAAUCCUUACAGCUCCACAAACUGGAAGUGCCCAUCCUCCUGCUGCUGCUGCUGCUCAGGCAGAGCUGGUUUCAAGAUGUCUGGUCCUCUCUGGGUCUCCCUGCGGUGGAUGCUCUUCCUCUAAACUCUGUGGAGGACCUACCCCAGGAUCCAAAGGCCUCUAUGCAGGAAUGGCCCCGUCUAGUGUCCCCACUGCUCUAUGUGCUUGGUGCAUCCAUUGCAUUCUGGGGUAGCACAGUCCUCAGAGUGUUUGUCUAUUUCCUGUCCUUUGCUCUUGCUCCACUGCACAGACCUUCAGUGUCUCGGGAUUGCGGCACGCUUCGUCUUCAUUCUCAGAUUCUCCUGAUUAUCUUUUUGAGUGUGUUGGGAGGCGUCACAUGUGGAGCACUGGCUCUUAUGCUCUCCUCUCUUCUCCACCUCUACAGGGUACUUCGAUUACAGAUGACAGAGAGAUCACUGAGCCACAUGUUGAACCUGGCACCCCAGAAAGUUUCACAAAAAUCUGAAAAUGGUUUUCGUGCCAGUGAUUGUCACAGUAUGGUUAAAGAAUGUAACGGCAGCCCUUUACUGUCAGAAUCAGUGCUACAGGACGUCAGAGAUGAUCUGCAGCUCCACUUUAGUCUGUCCACACUGCUUACUUUUACCAUGAUGCUCAGUGUCCCUUCCCUUAUCCACUGGAAGCACAAUCUCAGAUAUUGGAUUCAUCUGGAUCCUGACCCCUGCUGGCCUCACGUUGUACCUCUGCUCAUCAGCUCUGUACUGCUCAUCAGCUGUAACACAGAUAAUCUUCUACGCAGCAAACGGAUGCUGAAUCUGACGCUUCAUCUACUGUUGCCGCUGUGUGUGGGCAUGCUGGCUUUUUGUCCGCUGCACAUUUACAGAGUCACUUAUUUCCUGUCUACAGCUCUGACCCUCUUGGUCUGUUCUUGCUACUUUUGACCUCCCUGCAAACUUUAAACGUGAGUCUGCACUGAGAUUGGAAAAAUACCCAGGCCUUGUAUAAACUCAGACCAGAUUAGACCAAAACAGCCUUAGAACCCAUGUGUGCAUUCAGUGGGAUCACAUGGACUAGUGACAUCAGUGGACCAGCACAUCCGGAGGCAUGUGACUUGUUGUUUGUCAUCAUUUGUAGCUUCUGUACAGGGUAUUAUACUUGUUAAUGCUGGUAUGCCUGUAUUCGUGAGCAAUACCUCUUGUUUAUGAGGCUAGUUUCCCAGACACACAUUAAGCCUCGGCCUGAACUAAACUGAAGACUAUUUAAUCAGUGUCUGAGAAACUAGUCUAUACUGGUGUGUGUUGGGGGUGUGUUUAUGUCAGAUUUAGUAUUCAUUGUAAAAGUCAACAUGAAAUCAUAAUUGAUAAGGAUACACAAAAUAUCAAUGUCAAUUUGGUUUUCAGUGGGAAUUAGAAUUCUUUUUGAAAUUAUUUAUUUGUUAAUUUUUCAGUAUCCGGUAUUUCUCUGGUCUUAUAAUUUUGGGAUGCCUAAAUUCACUUGAAACGGUUGUUUUUCAUUUUUAGUGAUUUAUUUUUAAAAUUUAUUUAUGUGAAAUGGUAUAUAACAUUAUUAUCUUUUAUCCGUAUCAGCUAGAAUUAAAAAAAUGAUGCCCUAUCAAUUGACCCUGUUUACUUCCUGAUAUUGUGUGACUCAUCAGUGCAUGUUAUUCCAAAGAUUUUUUUGAAUAAAUAUUGAGAAUUGGAGCAGAGAACACCACCUACAUUUGCUCCAAUCAAAAUAAAUAUUAAUUAUUUAAUUUUACGUAUUGAUUCUGAUCAUUGUGGUGUGGAUAGUGACUGAAAAGUUCAUAGUAUCAUAGUGAAUGCAUUGUAAAACCAUUGGGAACAGUUCUGUUCGCUUAAACUAAUGUUAUCACUUUCAAACAAGGCUUUUCCUUUAUCAGUUGAGUCUGAGAAGAAUUUGCCUUAGUUCUGAUUGACAGUAUCAACCAUUUUUAAUCACACUACAGCAUUAGUUAACAAUUUUGUAGUUUAACAAAAAAGGCUGCAGGAAAAAAAAGCUUUUGCAAUUCAUUCAUUAAUGUCACAUGGAAGUAAAAUGGGUUACGAAUGCAUUUUCAUGUUGACUUUUAAGGGUGUUAAAGCAGCUUUAGGUGUUUGUUCAGUUUUUCUGCAAUUCACAUGUCUAUGUGUGAGCGUGACUGGAUCUCUUUGCCUAUUCUAUCUUCGAUCUGUCAUUUCUGCCUUAAGCCAUUUAGCUUUGAAUGCUCAUGUAAUGCCUGUAGGUGCUGAAGUACCUCUGUGUUUGACAGAUCACUUGUUCUUAACACUCUUCUGCAUUAGCUGAAGCUGUAAGGCAAAUCUGAGUAGCAUAACAUUCCAUCUGGAGGUAUUAUCUUGAGUUUCUUGAGAUGCAAUCGCGAAACGACUGACAAGCAAUAUGAUGAUUUUCUAGAAAUGUGCACAAAAAGACAUCACAGCUACAUUUAUGGUUAUAGUGCUGUCUUAUAACCUGAGACAACUUAUUAGAAACACUGCCACAGUCACAGUAGCCAUGAGAUUGUUGCUGUCUGCACAGCUUUUUUUUUUUCUUUCUCCAAUUUAACAGUAUCUUUGAGGACGGAUGUUGAGGAUGUUUGUCAGUCCAUCCAAGUAGUCUGAUAUUUAAUCAGAUGUCCCCCUCUCACAUGGGGAUGUACUUGACCAAAAACACUCAUAUGGCACAAAAUGGUGUCUUCUGCACUGUGAAUGUACCUGAAAGUGUGUGUGUGAGUAAUUUUGCAGUGAGCUUUGAUGUUUGCUGUCUUUUUUUAUGCUAUGUUGAAAUCUUGCUCUGCCUCAUGCUAGAUUUGAGCUGUUUUUGUGGUGAAAGUGUGAAAGGCUGCCUUUUUUCUAUCAAUAUGAUUGUGACUGAUUGUUUUCACUGUGAUGUGCCACAAUAUUUGGAGGCCAGGAUCUGAUUAUAUGUCUCGAAACAAGAACUGCUAAUUCAGGACCAGAUCUGUCCUGAUCAUGUGACAUUGAAGCCAAAUGGAUCCAACAACAACACUUUAACACUGCAGCAAUGUUUGUAUUGAUGCUAGUGAGGUUUCUGCUGUGAUACGUGUAAUGAAGAAUUUGCUCAUUUUGUUUCUUAGAGACUGUUGUUAUGUGGUUAAUAGCUCUACUGUAGCAGUUAAAUAUUAAUAGUAAAGACCCUAGAGGGAUGUGGUUUUAUCAAUACACUACCAUUCAAAAGUUUGGGGUCAGUACGAUAGACUUUUUUACAAGAAAUGAACAAUAAAAUUCAGCAAGAGUGCAUUAAAUUGAUCAAAAGUGUCAAAAUGAUCUACCAAAUCACACAUUAGAAUAGUUUCUGAAGGAUC